ACAAUAAAUAGAUUCUUUUUUUUAAAAAUCAUGCACUUUCAUCCCAUGUGGCUUAUAUGAAAUACAGUCUGGAUUCUAAAAAAUAAUCAGUUACAAUAAAAAAAAAAUAGAAGGAAAAAAAAAAGUUCUGUAGUCUGUCACCAUGUUAUUCUGUCCUCAUUGUGCCAACUUGUUGCUGAUUGAAAACGAAGGUGGACAGGCAUUUUUCUGUCAGUCCUGUCCCUAUGUUUACAGCAUCCAAAGUCGUCACACAUCUCGUAAAGAAUUAAAGAGAAAGGAAGUGGACGAUGUGUUGGGUGGAGCAGAUGCUUGGAAGAAUGUUGAUUCUACAGAAGUAACUUGCCCCAAGUGUGAACACGAUAGAGCGUACUUCAUGAUGAUUCAAAUUCGUUCAGCUGAUGAACCUUCAUCCAUUUUCUACAAGUGUUGUAAAGACGAUUGUCAACACCAAUGGCGUGAAGGAUAAAUGCAACCCUCCACACAAUCAACCCAACAACAACAACAACUUUGUAAAAUACAACGAGUGAAAAAUCAGCACUUUAGACAAACUGAUCGAAAUUCCAAAAAAGGCAGAAUAAAACUAUUUUCUAGCAAAAAAACAUGCAUAU